GACCGUGGCCGUCGACUCGCCAUUCCACCAUUCCAACUAUUCGCCAAAUGCUGGUGCGGAGCUUUACUUUGCUUUGGGUAAAACGCUUUGGACAGCGCUCACCGCUUAGCUAUGCUUUGAUAGUUGGCCGCCUGUUGAGCACAUUUGGCUUUGAGUAGCAGCGGAGUCGAGUCGUGUUGUAGUCGUCGUCGUCGUCGUCGUUGCCGGUUCAACGAGCCAAGAGUCGAGUCAAAUCGCACAGUAGUGACGUCGCUAUUGAGUCGCUUCGUUUGGACGCGAAAAAAUCUGAAAAUUUAUUGCUUUUAAAUUAUUAUUUCCACAAACACAGACACACACGCAUAUUUGGACGCGUAUUUCGUUGAGUUCGCUGCGAGCGUGUAAACCUUCUUCGGUUUUUAUUUUGUGCGUAUCUAGUUGUGUUUUAGUUUUUUGUUUUGGGAUUUCUCGUUUUUGCGUCUAAACCCAUACAGCAUAUGCUUGGAGUGGACUUUCAAGAUUGUUUUCGAAAAGUUUUCGCUAUUUUUGCCAUUUGCCGGCACUCGUGCCUAGAAGCUGAAUUCUGUAGAAUAAAAAAUUGCUUUAUUAUUCAAACUGCUCGGUCUCAGGCAUAAGGCAUAUAGAAUGGUAUAACAUGCUCAGCGCUAGCAGUCGGUAUUUUAUGCAAUAUUUUAUGCCAAGUGUGUGACUUAAUGAUUCUCGCGGAGUAUGUGGCGUGUUUAUUUAAUUUGUGAUAUUUCAAAGUAGUCGUGAUUUGGCGCUUUAAAUGAAUUGAGGCGCGCUUUCGAAAUAUACCGGAUAAGAGACAGUGAUUGCUGUGUAUUUGAAAUUAUUAUAAUUAUUGUUGUUGUGCUGUGAAGGAAUUAAGAAAUAUUGCAAAAAUGAGCUGCGCUACGGGCACAAUCAAGUACUCGCUAUUCCUGCUGAAUAUGCUGUGGGCGAUCUUGGGUAUUCUGAUAAUACUUUUCGGUGGCCUUGGCUGGGGUGGCAUGCCGCAGAAUUAUGCCAUUGGCUUCAUUGUUUUGGGUGGUGUGAUCUUAGUCAUAUCAUUCUUCGGCUGCUUUGGUACAAUGCGCGAAUCGGCGCGCCUUCUGUGGACGUAUGCCAUUUGCCUCUUCGUGCCGAUCAUUGUAAUAGUGGUGUUCAUUUGUCUGAGCACGCGUGAUGUCUUCAAACGCUACGCCAUGGAAGGCGUGGAAGCGCAAUGGCGCCAGGAGCUUUUGCAGCCGGGUGCCAUGGACUCAGUGCAGUCGGUGUACGCCUGCUGUGGUCUCAACUCGGCUGAGGAUUACAUACGUAUUAUGCGUGCGCCACCAGCCAGUUGUUGCAAAGACUCGAAUUGCAUUAACCCAUUGAAUCUCUACCUCACUGGUUGUCUGCCGAAGGUGGAAGAAGCUUUCGCUGAUGAGGCGACCGUAACGUCAUACCACGAGUAUGGCUUGUUGGCCUUUGCUUGCCUUAUUCUGCUUUUGACCGUCAUACUGGCAAUACAUUAUCAGAACCGCAAACGGCGUUUUAGUUAUUAAGCUUUUGUUUAGCGAUUGUGAAAGCUUAAAAGCAUUUGAGUCUCACUUGUGUAGCUUUUAUUGGAAUGUGAAACGAUUUUAUUACAAAUAAUAUUUUUAUUACAAUUAAAUUUAUUAAUAGAAACAUAUUUGCAUUUAAUAUUAUAACAUUAAUAACUAAAUGUGUAGCUUUUAAUGAAUGCUUUUAUGCAAUGUCACAUGUACCUCCAAGCCAAUCGAAUAAAUAUCUCUAAUAUAUUUAUGAACAGUGUUAGAUAAUAUAUAUACUAUUUAAAAAUAUAUUUAUUUAUUUUCAACUCAGUUGAAUUUACUGUA